AGGGGCGGGGCGUGGCCACCCCCUUGCCGGAAGCGGCUUCCGCUUCCGUGCGGCACUUCCGGCUCCCGGCGCGCGCCUCUCCGGUGCCGCGCGGCUGGCGGGACAGGCGGCGCCAUGGCGGGAAUCAAAGCGCUGAUCAGCCUGUCCUUUGGGGGAGCGGUCGGACUGAUGUUCUUGAUGCUCGGAUGUGCCCUGCCCCAGUACAACCAGUACUGGCCACUGUUUGUUCUGUUUUUUUACAUCCUUUCUCCUAUCCCAUACUGCAUAGCAAGAAGAUUGGUAGAUGACACGGAUGCUACAAGUAACGCCUGCAAGGAGCUGGCAAUAUUCCUUACAACAGGCAUUGUGGUCUCAGCAUUUGGGCUGCCUAUAGUGUUUGCAAGAGCAGAACUGAUUUACUGGGGCGCAUGUGCACUCGUCCUUACCGGCAAUACAGUCAUCUUUGCCACAAUCCUAGGAUUUUUCUUGGUCUUUGGCAGCAAUGAUGACUUCAGCUGGCAGCAGUGGUGAAAGGAAGAUAAGAACUAUCCACAGGCAUCUUGUCAUGCAGUGGCCAUCCAUACAAAUGAGAGAAUGGGCAAUAAAGAGAAGUAGCGUAGCAAGCCUCUUGAGUAUUCUAGAUGCUCCUUUUGACGUUGUUCGUUCUGAGUGUACUACUGUUGCUGACAGGGUUUCUACGUUUUUAUGAAGUGGAGAGAUGAGUGGUUUCAUUUUUACCUAUGGUAUGUUUUUAGGUGCUCUCUUGGUUUAAAAAUUGUCAUCUUUCUGUCCAGUAUUUUAUGUGAAGCUUUAAACCAGGAACAACAUUUAAACAUAGUUUCAAAGAUUAAAAGUUGGGGAGUUUUGGUGGGAUUUUUCUUUGUUGGUGGGGUUGUUUUUGUUUUUUAAGUUAAGCAUUAAUACUAUGUUUCAAUUUUUUUUUUAAUACCAGGAUUAAAUUAUACACAAGCUAAAUGGAUGUAUGAGAUUGUCCACCACCAUUGCCAAUUGCCAGAUCAAUAGAUUGUAACUAUAUUUUAGCAGAGGCAAGGUGGGUUGGAGAGUACUGGUUGCAGAUUUUAUUCUGCCCAUACCUCAGACUGGGUGAUGAAUGUUGAUAGCCUUCAUUUCAGAAGAAGGCUGAGGAGCAGGUAGAGUUAUUUGGGAGAAAAAGUCCUAAAUUUUAACAUCACUGGGUCUGUUACUUGCUUUGUUACUGAUUCUGUGGAUGUGACAUUCAAAUACUCUGUAAAUGUAUUGAUGCUGACAUACAAAACUAAAAUGUAUUGUAGGGAAAGAGAAAAUGCUGUUUAAAUUCCAUUUUUAAAAAAAAAGUAUCUUUUGAACUGUUUCUAUUUAUAAGUAUUGUAUGGUUUUGGACUUCUAUGUCAACUUUUUACCACAAAGAUGGUAAAAUGUUAAUUUGUGGAACUACUGGUCUGUGUUAAUUUGAAGCAUAUACAAAGCUAUUUCCUCCUCCCCCUUUUUAAUUUAUUUUAUACAUAGCAUAUAUAUAAAAAUAUAUAAUAAAACAGCUUUUAAAAUGUAGAUUAAAACUUUGUGUUAACUUACCUAAGAAUGAGUUUCUCCCCCUCUUUUUUUUUCUUUUUUUCCCCUUCAAUGCAGCUGAGGCACAACUUUUUUGGAAGUCACUGGCUGAACUGAUUUCACUGUUUUUAAGUUCUUAUGCACUAUUGGUUAAUAAGAUUUACUGUUAUGUCUGUAAUUGUAGCUUGUGUUCUGUAAGAUUGCACAUGUAGCUUCAAGUAUUUAAGACAAGUUUUCUGCAUACCUCUCAA